UGUGGGGAGAGAUAGCGCGUGCCAGAAGAGGCAGAAGGGAAAUUUCUCAGAGUCCAUUCUUCUUUUGCCGGCUACCGUCCUGCGACUCAGGGCUUUGUCCGUCCCAGCAGCUGAAGCAGAAGUGCCUCUGGACGUGGGAGCACUGGAUUACCGCUUGAGAUUAUUCUCUCUUUUUUUGCCAGCACAACUAAAGUUAGCCAUAGGGACUGCAGGCUGACCAUCUGGCAGUUUCUGACAGGAUCUGUUCCUGAUUUGAGCCGAAUAAUUUUGCUGCUGGUGAGCGAAUAACUUUUUUGCAAGGACCAGCCGUGUGUGGGUGAGAAAGCUCAUCGUUCCUGUGUGCUAAACUUUAGCUUUGUCAGUGUUUUCGUCUUCAGGAACAAGACACAAGGGGAGGGGAAGGGAGAGGAGAGAAAGAGGGGGGGCAAAUAUGUCGGCAAUGUCGCAACAAUGACUUUGUCAGCCGCUUUCUGUAUCUUUUUGUGGAAAUGUGACGAUGUCGAUUUACGUUUUAAGGAUUUGUUGUGGUGUCAAUAUGUAUUUAGAGAAACAAACAUAAUGAAGGACAAACCAUGGACAGGUUGUGAGUGGACCAGAACUUAACCUCUUCCCUUACUGGAGGGAAACACACGGACACGUGAGGAACCUACCUGAAUUCUUGGCUCUCCACGCAAGGUUUGACCCCUGACUUUAUCUUUUUGUGCUGCUGGUAAAAAGACGAGUGCAUCCAGAGAGGGUCUCUUAAGCAAACAGAGACCCCCCUCCUAAAGGUGAGAGGGGGGGGGAAGAUGGCAGCACUUGCCAGUUCUCUCAUCAGACAAAAACGGGCAGUCAAGGAAGACCAGGCCAACCGGCCGAUAGCCAACAAACGCAAGCCGUGCCCCAAGAGCAACAAGUCUCUUUGCCAGAAACAAAUUCUCGUUCUCAUAUCAAAAGUACGGUUAUGUGGCGGUCGAAGAGGAAGAACAGAGAAAAGACCAGAGCCACAGCUAAAAGGCAUCGUCACCCGUCUGUACAGCCAGCACGGCUACUAUCUGCAGAUGCUGCCGGAUGGCACCAUGGACGGCACAAGGGACGAGAACAGCUGCUUCUCACAGUUCAACUUGAUUCCUGUGGGUCUGCGGAUAGUGGCGAUCCAGGGAGCGAAGACUGGUUUCUAUCUGGGCAUGAACAGCGAGGGAUAUCUCUACACCUCUGAGCAUUUCAACCCAGAGUGCAAAUUCAAAGAGAGUGUGUUUGAGAACUACUAUGUGACGUACUCCUCCAUGCUGUACCGCCAAAGCCAGUCGGGACGCUCGUGGUACAUCGGCAUCAACCGGGACGGUCAAGUAAUGAAGGGCAACCGCGUGAAGAAGACCAAAGCGGCUGCGCACUUCCUACCUAAAGUCAUCGAAGUGGCCAUGUACAAGGAACCUUCACUGCAUGCGCUUGUAGCAGAGCAGAGUCCUCCUCGCAAAACCGUAAAGACUUCAGACUCCCCCUCCCACAAGAACGGCAGGAAAGAGGCGCCCAGAGCUGAUGCUUCAUAGCACAGGGCGCGCACACAGGGAGGGUGAAGGACUUCAGUGACACUGAGAACUCCAUUUUCCUUCAUGCAAUAGGGGCAGGAAGAGCUGUAUGAGCGGCUGCUUGCUUUUGAAUGGGGCGAGAUCAGACAGCAGCCCCUGGCAAUGAGAGGAGAAUCCUUGCCUCUCUCGGUCGAACCAGCUCGUAUAUAUUUCCACUGACCCGGCAUGACACCUGACCCACCAUAUGAUUCUAUAAUCCCCUGAAAAACAUGUUUCUGUGUCCCCACAUGCCCUACUUGAGUUCUAUCACAGUGCCAGACGAAAAAUGCUAACGAUAUAAAUUCUAACUAAAGAAUUCAAUUGACUUUUCUUUCCCUACGGUUUUUUUUUGUUUGAACGAAGAGUUUGGGUGUGAGAAGGAGAGCGUGAGGGAGUGAGGUUAUUAUGUAAUAUCAUCAUAAUGAUUCCAGCAGAUGAGACCCUCGCUGGUUAAUUUCUUCCUGCCAUCACUUUGCCAACGGCUGCUCUGUGCCAAUCAGAACUAUAGGAAGGAGUGCAGUAAAAUUCGUUUUAUUGGACCAUUCAAGGAGGAUCCAGUUCUAUUGGUCUGCGGGUGUAGAUUGAUCUCUUCUGGGCCGCUGCCAGGGAAACCAAUGGUAUCGUCCGGAAUAUGUGAUCGGGCAGCUUUUGAAAUUAAACAAAACCCUGUUGUUCCAAUUCCUUCCACUGAUAUUCUCAAACACAACCUGAUGACGAUGAUAAUGAGUUAAGAUUGAAUCCACAACCCAAACGCAUCUGUUUUUGGUUUAAUUGUGGCUACACCUUGUAAGAUCCAAAAAAGGAAAAAAACAAGUAAAUUCUCUUGUGACGACUCUAUUAAUGUUUAAUGGCCAGUGAGCUCGGAUCAGCAUCCGUAUCAUUGGCAAACGAGUGCAGAUUAUUCGGGGCAGUUGUUUGAUAGCUCUUUGAUGGGAUUCGUACAGGGGAUUACAUGGAGUCCAGCCAUGAUUGCUUGAAUUAUUUACUCCUUUUCUCGAGAACGUACGGCUCGUUCAAGCAGCUCGGAUGAGAAAUUUUAAUAUGCAAAUUUAAAUUGUGGCGAGCCGAUCAAUGACGCAGUGAUUGUGUGCGUUUAGACGUGUCUAUUAGAGUGUGAAAGAGACAGAAUGAUGCGAAAUGAACAUCUGCUUCCAUUAUUUAUUUGUGUGUGUGUGUGGGGGGGGGGUGGCAGUCUGGGCACACGUGUAAACACAUUGGCUCACACAGUUGAUCAUUUUAAUGGUUCGGUCGUGUCUGGGAAUUUUAAUCUGCCUGGAGAUGUUGACUGAUGACCUUCUCCAGGUUUCAUAAUUGACACAUAACCAAGAGGAAGCGCUGCGACAUCCAGGACCUCUUUGUAAUUCCACAGGCAUCUUCCCAGUCCACACACA